CAGCCAACCAUUCUUCCCCCUGACCUUUGGAGAGAAAGAAGCACGGAGUUGCUUUCUACUGACAGUCGCAGAGUCAACAUGGACGUCCACAGAGUCCCCAACCACAACCAAAUGGAUUAUACGACAGACAACGCGGAUCCCAAGCACGGGAAAAACUUGCCUUGCCAGGAGGACCGCUUUGACAGCGGCCUGGAUUCCCUAAAGGAGGACGAUCUGGUGAACGAGUUUGAGAACUUUACUGUGAACGCGAGCAAAGAUCACUCGCUGGAAUACGAGCCUUGGAGAAACGCAGUGACUGACGACGGUGACACGCUCCUCCACUUGGCCGUCAUUCAUGAAGCUUUUGAACAUGCCCUCCAGAUGAUCAAACUGUCCCACUGUCACCCCUUCCUCAAUGUACAGAACCACCAGAGACAGACUGCCCUGCAUCUAGCAGUGAUCACAGAGCAGCCCCAGUUGGUGGAGAGGCUCCUGAAGGCCGGCGCUGACCCACUGUUGGCCGACGGCAGCGGGAACACAGCUCUCCACAUCGCCUGCAAAAGAGGCUCCCUCGCCUGCUUUGGCGUCAUAACACAGAACUGCCAACGCCACCUCACAUCCAUCUUGUCCUUCCCCAACUACAAUGGACAUAACUGUCUCCACUUGGCAUCAAUCAACGGCUACAUUUCUUUGGUGGAAAGCCUUGUUCAGUUGGGUGCAGACAUCAAUGCACAGGAACAGUGCAGUGGACGGACAGCGCUGCACCUGGCAGUGGAUCUCCAGAACCCCACUCUUGUCUGCCGCCUCGUUGAGCUCGGCGCCGACGUCAACAGCUUGAACUACGGUGGCUUCACGCCGUACCACCUCACCUAUGGGCGCCAGAACGAGGAGAUUCGAUGCCAGCUGUAUGAGAAGACGGCUCUGGAGCUGAGGGCGCUGCCCGAAAGCGAAUCAGAGGAGAGUGACAUGGAGGAUCUGGACACAUCUGAGGACGAGCUGUAUGACGACAUCAAGUUUGGAAAGUAAAAACAACCAUCUUUCCACUGGUGGUGUGAAUAAGAAGCUGCUACUGGGUUCGCCGAACCGCGGCCCCCCAAGAGGGGACAUAUCAGUCGCAAGUCCCCUCCCCGUCCAGGUCCACAGGUGCUGGCCCAGGGAUCGCAAACAAGAAUGAAGAAGGCAUCCCGUCUGGUCAAGUCCGCUCAAGAUCACUGAACAAUCUGCACCAAAGAAACCACAACAAGGCGGCGACCUCCACACGGUCCUCGCGUUACUGUAUAUCUGAAUGUGUACAUACCAGACAUGUGUAAUAUAUUGUGAAUACAGAGAUAUUAUUUUUCUACUUGUGCAUAAGUGUGAAUUUAAACACUAUUAUAAAUGUUCAAAAUAAAAAGAGUCUAUGAAUAUA